AUGGCAGCUGCGGAAAUAGGGGCGGGCGAUGCCGAGGGUGACAAGAGCCCUGCCAGCCCCGCCGCCUGCGUUUGCAAGGGCCGAAAAGGCUGGACGCGGCUGCGCGAGCAAGCCCUCAGAACAAAGCUGGCGGAACUGGAGACGCCAAGCGAGGCUGAGGCGAAGUCCGCCGCCGAGCCAACGAACAAGAUCCUCUGGCCCGCGUUCGAAACUGUCAACUGGUGCAGCGAGCGGAUCCAUGACGUCGACCAUCUCGCAGACCGCAGGAACGCCUACAUGCCCCUUCUCUCCAGCUGGAUCCUGCCAGCUCUGAUUGGAGUCCUCACGGCUUCCACCGGCACCUUCAUUGAGAAGGCGUCGGAGAUGCUGCACGUCUUCAGGUAUAGCUACCCCUCAGUGAGCCCGGAAGGCGAAGGCUUCGCAGUGUCCUGGCACCCGUGGUCGGCGCCUCCUGACGCUGCGGGUCCCUGGCAGGCUAACUCGCGGGGAUUUCUCGCCUACGCCGCGGUGGGCGUUCUUUUGGCCACGAUCUCAGCCUUCCUGGUCAAGGUUUUUGCUCCGACCGCGCGCGGCAGCGGAAUCCCCGAAGUGAAGACCAUCUUGGGUGGCUUCGUUAUGAAAGACGUGCUGUCCCUGCGGACGCUCAUCGUCAAGGUCCUCGGGCUGAUGCUGUCUGUGUCCUCGGGCUUGGCGCUGGGCAAGGAAGGGCCGACAGUGCACAUUGCAUGCUGCUGGGCCAAUGUCUGCAGCCAAUGGUUCGACAGGUAUUCUGCAAACGAGGGUCGUCGACGGGAGCUCCUCAGUGUGGCCAGCGCAGCAGGCGUCUCCGUGGCCUUCGGGGCCCCUGUCGGCGGCGUCCUCUUCUCCUACGAGGAGGUCUCGACAAUGUUUCCGCGCUCUACGAUGAUCCGCGCGUUCUUUGCCGCCGUGGUGGCGGCCCUGACGCUGGCUUGGUACGACCCGCUGGGAACUGGCAAGCUCACGCUUUUCGACGUGCAGUACAACCAGCGGCCCUCCUGGGCCGAGUAUCCCUUGUUUCUGCUGAUGGGCUGCGUUGGCGGCUGGGUUGGCGCGCUCUUCGUUCACCUCAACAUGAAGGUCUCCGCAGCCCGCGCAGAAGGAACGCCGUUUCGGCAGAUGGUUCCUGUCACGGUAGAGGUUGCGCUGCUCGCUCUUCUUACAGCCAUUACCAGCUUUCCACUGGACUACACUCGGACUCUCUCGAGUUUGGCUAUUCACACGAUCUUUCACUCGUGCACGCACCCGCUGGAUAAUGUUGAUCCCAUGACGCUUUGCAACGGGGAGGAGGACAGCCUUGACCCCAGCUUGGUGGCGACCCUGCUGGUCGCUGCCACCAUCAAGUUCGUCCAGGUGACUCUAACUUUCGGCACUGGCGUGCCUUGCGGCCUGUUCGUACCGGCCCUUUAUGUCGGUGCUUGCCUCGGCCGUGCCUUGGGCAUUGUGGCCGCUUGGGCCAAUGGCUUCUUGGGCUUUGCCCCUGCCAUCCAUCCUGGCUUCUACGCAAUGGUUGGUGCUGCUUCUGUCUUGGGCGGCGUCUGCCGGGUGACCAUUUCACUGGUGGUGAUCAUGUUCGAGCUCACCGGUGGACUCUACCUCAUCGUUCCGUUCAUGAUUGCUGUUUUGGCGGCAAAGUGGAUUGGCGAUCAGUACAACAACAGUAUCUACGACUGCGUGAUUUCGCUGCGCGGCUAUCCGUAUCUGCACGAGCCGAAUGAUGUGACGUACUCGGCGCGGGCCUGUGACAUCAUGCAGGAGAAUCUUCACUGCCUCCCGGUCCAGCCUGGAUCGGCUUCGCUGGUGCUUCGCGACGCGGCCCAGGCGACUUUCGCUGGCUUCCCGGUCGUGAGGUCUGAGGAGGACAUGUCCUUCGUCGGAUACGUUCCGGCGCACAAGCUCCGCAAGUUCGUGGAGGAGCAGCUGAACAGUGGCGCCUGCCUGGAGGACACACCGGUGUCCUUCCUUCCCGGCGCAAACGCAGGCGUCCUGGAUGCUUCCACGCUCGUGGACACUUCCUCGCUCAUCGUGGUUCCGGACACGCCCGCUGCGCAGGUGCAUGCCAUUUUUCGGCAGCUGGGGGUCAAGGUCAUCUUCGUCAAGCGCCAGGGUAAGCUUGCAGGGAUCAUCACAAAGAAGUCCUUCCUCCACUUCUUGGAGCAUGGCCACGACUCUGUCCACCAACCGUCAAGCCGCAGCAGCCUCACGGUGAACAGCCCAUCAAUGGUGGCCAACAGUUACCUGGCUUGCUACGAAGCCAUCGAUCCAACCAGCCGGGGCUCUCGGAACUCAAAUCCACUGCUAGCGACUCCCAAGUUGAGCUCCCCCAAGGGCUUCCACAUCCCGCGGCAGAGAAGCUCCUUCUUCUAUUCCGGCAUACAGUCCAGGGGGAACAGCCUCGAGACGAUGAGGACUGGGGCUGUCAACAACCUGCGCGCCAGUCGGGUGUUGGCCGUAACAGCAGUCCGAUCAGGUGAUCCAGCUCCCAGACCUCGAGGGAAAUCGGAAGUCUCCCCUCUGUCCUCGAUUUCCUGGCCCGCGGAGAUUCAGAAACGUGUCCGGAUGAGCAGGUGGGACAGAGGCUUGGUGCUGGUCCUCAUAGGCGCACUCACCGGUCUCACAAGUUGCUUGCUGGUCCACGAUCCGAGGUGGAUCCAUAAAUCCAUUUAUGGCGAGGCCGAGAGUGAAUGGCGGCUCUUCUCUGUCAGCGUGCUGGCCGCGCUUGGCGCCGCCACGGUCGCCUCCCGCAGCGGCUGCACGGGAAGCGGGCUACCCGAGGUGAAGACCAUCUUGGGCGGAUUCGUCAUGGAUGACGUGCUGUCCUUCGGCACGCUCCUUUCUCGGCUCAUGGGCUUGGCUCUGGCUCAGGCCUCGCAGCUGUUUCUGGAUGCGCAGGGGGCUGUUGUCCACGUGGCCGCGUGCUGGGCCGACUUGGCGUCGCGCUGCGGCAGCAAGAGUAUGGGCAACGAGGCCAACCGGCGAGAGCUGAUUAGCGCUGCUUGCGCUGCGGGCGUGUCGGUCGCCUUUGGCGCCCCUCUAGGUGGGGUUUUGUGGAGCUACGAGCAGAUGAGCAGCAAGUUCACCCAGCAGACGUUGAUCAUGGCCUUCUUGGCAUCCAUCUUUGCAAAGCUCGUCGUGGAAGCUCAUGUGUCAGGUAUCCAACCAGUGUUCCAUGCGAUGAAGCUGGAGGGCGCUGCUGCAACGCACCUGCCCGGGACUUUGUCCUUUGUCGCUUUCGCAUUGCUGGGCGUCAUGGGAGGACUGUUGGGCGCAGCCUUCGUCUGCGGCAAUCUCUGGGUAAGCCGGCAGCGCACCCAGCGAGGGUGGCACAUUGGAUGGAAGUCCACUGCUCUGGUUGCCGCCGUCGCGUCCGUGAACUUCUUCGUGGCUCGGCACUCCCUGCUUUUGGAGAUCAACGAAGGUAUGGCGCUACAGGCUUUGUUCACGAACUGCCAGGAUGCAUCAGAUCUGCUUGCUUUCUGCCAAGAUGGCGCGGUCGUCUGGAGCGCAGACCUGGCAAGGAGUUUGUUCAUCAGCGGCUUGCUCUCGUGGUUCGCCAUGACCAUCACCUACGACACGGGAAUCCCAGGUGGCUACUUCUUCCCCGCGCUAUUGGUGGGCGCCUGCUGUGGCCGGGGCUCAGGCCUCCUCGCCGAGUGGGUGAACAGCUACUGCGAGCUGGGGGCAACAAUACGGCCAGGCCUGUUCGCUAUGGUCGGCGCAGCUGCAACCCUGGCGGGCGUCUGUCGGGUUCACAUCUCCUUGGUGGUGGUCAUGUUCGAGCUGACAGGCGCUUUGCAGCUCGUCGUCCCCUUCAUGGUUGCCAUCAUGAUUGCCAACUGGACCGGGGGUGCUUUCACCUGUAGCAUUGACGACUGCCACAUACGACUCCGUGGCUAUCCACAUCUGCAUGGCAGUGACCUUGUGUUCAAGAGCCGCGCCUGUGAUAUCAUGGACGAGGAGCUCAUGUGCCUGACCUGCGAACCUGCAAGAGUUUCUCAGUUGCUGGACCUCGUGCGGGAGACCACGUACGGGGGGUUUCCGCUGAUCCGGUCAUCGGAGACACGCACCCUCUUUGGCUACGUGCCCACCGAGGUGCUCCGCCGCCAUCUCGAGGGCCUUCCGUCGCGCGUCCUUGCGCAAAACCCGCUGGCUUCCUUUGACCGGGAGUCGGCCAAGGGUUCUGGUGGGCGAGUUCUGGAUUUCUCGCCUCUCGUCGACCCAACUGUGAUUCAGAUUGUGCCACAAACCCGCCUGGAGCAGGUCCACCAGAUCUUCUUGGAGCUCGGCUUAAAGCUGGUGCUGGUGUGCAGCUUUGGCGAGCUGGUUGGGAUGAUCACGAAGAAGACCUUCGUGAACUACCUGGAAGACGGGGACAUCGGCUUCAUGAAGAAGGAUCCGAUCGUGGAAGGCACCAAGGAGGUUCCAGCUUCAAAGGACUUGGAGACCUCCCUGCUGCACAGCUGA